AUGAAGGUCUCCUCCAUCCUCGCCGCCGCAGCCAUGGCCUCCGUGGCGCAAGCCUGGACACUCGAUUUCUUCGCCAGCAAGGGCACACGAACGAAGAAGGUCUUCGCAAACGGACAUGAAAGGAACGAAUGCACCAACCUUCGCUCUGAUUACAACUGGCCUACAACUGAAAUUCAUUUCAACCCCGAGACUGGCGGCUGGCCAGACGCAAAGGGGUACACCGCCUACAGCAAGACCAACUGCAAAGGCAAGGCAUACUACGGGGUGGAAGGGAACCAGUUUAUGAAGAAAACAUUCAAAAGCUACAAGGUCACGGGCUAA